CCCCCCCUCGCUGAUCCUCUGCGCCUGUCCACUCAGUCUGCCCUGAAGCUGCCUAGUGACCAAGAACUGGAACCAAGUUUGGUCGCAGCUGACAUCGCUGCCCAGAUGGCCUCCAGGCUGACCCCGCUGACCCUCCUGCUGCUGCUGCUGGCUGGGGAUAGAGCCUUCUCAGAUACCAGCCACAGCACCCAGGAUCCAUUGGUCACUCAAGAGGAAAGCAGAGACAUCUUUCCUGAGAGAGACGAUCCAUGGAGUCCCAUCAAGCAUACAGUACAGUCUUCUACCGGGCCAACAACCAAUGCAUCCACCAAAUCCACAGCCAACACCACCCAGUCCUUCAUCCAGCCCAGUCAACCGACUGCACAGCAACCCAUGGAUUCUCCCAGCCAGCCCCCUAUAAAUCCUUCCAGCCAGCCCCCUAUAAAUCCUUCCAGCCAGCCCCCUUUAAAUUCUCCCAGCCAGCCCCCUAUAAAUUCUCCCAGCCAGCCCCCUAUAAAUUCUUCCAGCCAGUCCUCCAUGGAUCCUUCCAGCCAGCCUUCCACAGCCACAGAUCCUUCCAGACAGUUCCCCAUGGGUCCCACCAGCCAGCCUUCCACAACCACGGAUUCUCCCACCCAGGCUCCCACUGAGCCCUUCUGCCCAGGGCCCCUGGCUCAGUGCUCUGAUUUAGACAGAGGCUCCUCAGAGGUUACGCUGGCAGAGGCUUUGACAGAGUUUUCUGUGAGGCUCUAUCAUGCCUUCUCAGCCACCAAGAAGGCUGAGACCAACAUGGCCUUCUCGCCAUUCAGCAUUGCAAGCCUCCUCACACAGGUCCUUCUUGGGGCUGGAGACAGCACCAAGAGCAAUUUAGAGGAUGUCCUUUCCUACCCCAAGGAUUUUGCCUGCGUCCACGAGGCUCUGAGAGCCUUUUCGUCCAAAGGUGUGACUUCUGUGUCACAGAUCUUCCACAACCCAGACCUGGCCAUAAGGGACAUUUAUGUGAAUGCCUCUCAGAGCCUAUAUGGAAGCAGCCCCAGAGUCCUGGGCCUGGACAGUGAUGCUAACUUAGAACUCAUCAACACCUGGGUGGCUGAGAACACCAACCACAAGAUCAUCAAGCUGCUGGACAGCCUGCCCUCUGACACCCGCCUUGUCUUGCUGAAUGCUGUCUACUUGAAUGCCAAGUGGAAGAAAGCGUUUGAAGAGAAAACUGGGAAGGCAUCUUUCCGCUACAAAAACUCUGUGAUUAAAGUGCCCAUGAUGAGUAGCAAAAAGUACCCGAUGGCCCAUUUCAGUGACCAGACUUUGAAGGCCAAAGUGGGACAGCUGCAGCUCUCUCACAACCUGAGCUUUGUGAUCAUGGUGCCCCAGAGCCAGAAGCACAAACUUGAAGACAUGGAAGAGGCACUCACCCCCACUGUCUUCAAAGCCAUCAUGAAGAAGCUGGCACUGUCUAAAUACCAGCCCACCUACCUGAUGAUGCCUCGAAUCAAAGUAAAGAGCAGCCAAGACAUGCUGUCAGUCAUGGAGAAAAUGGAAUUCUUUGACUUCACUUACGAUCUCAACCUUUGUGGGCUAACUGAGGACCCAGAUCUUCAGGUGUCUGCCAUGAAGCACCAGACCGCACUAGAGCUGACAGAGACCGGUGUGGAGGCAGCUGCAGCCUCAGCCGUCUCUGUGGCCCGAAACUUAAUCAUCUUCGAAGUGCAGCAACCCUUCCUCUUCCUGCUCUGGGACCAGCAGCACAAGUUCCCAGUCUUCAUGGGUCGGAUACAUGACCCCAGGGCCUGAGACAGGCAGCAGGAGGCUUGAGUAAGCCCUGCUACCCAGGCUUCAGCUCAGCCAGUUAAUGCCUUGCCGCUGCCUUCCUUCCCUAGCCACUGCCAGACUUAGGCUCAGGCAGAGGGAACUGUUUUCAUCCACCAACCCCAUGGCACCAACAUGCUCUCUAAACCACUGUGUGCAGCUUUAUGGUUCAAGUUUACCAGACUCUACAAUAAAACGUGCAGACAUUUCUUCUCUUA